UAGUAAAAUAAAAAUGAGUUUAACCGCAUACAACUUCCAAUUCUACUCAUACAAUAUGGCAACGCAUAGAUCCGAAUGCAAUGACAGUGGCAUGGAUGUCGAUGACAUUGACAUGUCAAUACCGCCACCAAAACCACCAAGAGCUUCCGCUGUACAUGGCAGCAACAAUAGCGUCACCCCUCAACUCUCAUGGAUGACUUCAACGCCAAAAAGUAUUGUUAACGAACAUCAAAUAAUGGCAUCACCAGCAGCGACUGCAAUACCAGCUGUAAACUAUUUGGCUGUACCCAAUGAAACCCCAAAAUCAAUUUAUUCCAGUGGUCUGCAGAAAGGAGCCACAGCUCAACAAGCCAAACCAGCUGAACUGCAAUUACGACCAAAAUUACAUGCCACUCAAAAGAGAUGGUCGUUUGAAUUAAGAGAAAAAGCUUUGGAAUUGUCAAAGCGCAGUUCAGCCGCUUCCGAUGAGGAUGAUGAACAAGCGCUGCAAUUAAAACCACAACAUCAUGCCGGACGUAAAAGUUGGUCAUGCGAAAUAAGAGAGAAGGCAUUGCAAAUGUCAAAACGUAAUUCUGGCUCAUUGGAAACAUCACCAGAGCCAGUAGCAGCCGCAACAACAGCCAACUCCAUGCAACAUUUUGGCAUGAAUUCAACAGCUGAAAAAGAAAAUUCAAUGAGUUUACAAACACCCUCAAAAGUGCAGCUGAAAAAACCAUUAAUCAAUGCAGUGGCAUAUGAGAAAAUGAACCUGACUACGGGUGGUAUAAGCAGAUCUGCUAACACUUCAUCAGAACAAUUUAACAAUACGUUUGAUGCUUACUUCAAGGCUCCUCAACAAAUGAAUGCAACAUUUGCGGCUGAACCACUCGAUCCCAGCCAGUCGGUUAAAGAUCGCAUUUGCUUUUUCAACAAACUUACUUCGCCACACUCGAACUCCUUUAUAGAUCUGUUAAAAAAUAGUAAGACCACCAAUGUAGCCACCAUACAACAUACUAGCAGCGCACAAAAUACACCUCUUGCCACUCCCCUGAAACCAAAAAGAUGGUCAACACAAUUGGAAAUGAAUCUGCAGCAAGACAUACCCACAACAACACCAAACUUCUUUCAGCAAGCACCAGCCAUCCUAAAUUCACCAUCAACAUCAUCAUCCAACUCUUCAUUGGCCUCAUCACCAUCAUCAGCUUCCAGCACAUUUACCUACUCAAACACUUCGACACAGCGAAAAAGUACCUUGCGCCGUAGAGCUUCGGUUGAAAAAUCACGACGACCCAUUUUGCGUCCAAACUCAACUGUUGGUUCGACUAGCACUAAACCACAAAUGCACACAGUUAUGGAAGAUUUAAGUUUGGUAAUGCCAGUUAAAUUACGUGUAGCCGAAUAUGAACGUCGCAUUAUGAUGGAGUAUUAAGAUUUAGUGGCGGUAACCACAGCAAAGAUAU